AAGAGCCGUUUUCUCUCUCUACGCGUCUUCUCUCUUCUUCCAGACUCUCCCCCUUUCUAUACUGCCUCUUCGAUCAUAUGUAAAACCCUUCUAAAAUCUCUGAAAAUUGGGUUCAUCAUUCACUUUGAUACAGUGAUACACGCCCACAGUAACCCAUUUCAUGGAGUUUCUUGGGCACUCAACGUGGGUUCUUGUGCACAUUGCGCUCUUCUCUGGCCUCUGUUUCGCUGCAGACCCAUUUGUGAAUUUCGAGCUGACCUACUCUUUCAUCACUGCUUCUCCUUUGGGUGUUCCACAGCAGGUUAUAGCAGUUAAUGGAAAUUUUCCAGGUCAUCCUUUGAAUGUUACAACAAAUAACAAUGUUGUUGUUAAUGUGACAAACAAAUUGAAUGAAGACCUCUUGAUCACUUGGCCCGGGGUACAAAUGCGCCGUAAUUCUUGGCAAGAUGGUGUUCUAGGCACAAAUUGCCCUAUACCAUCUAAAUGGAAGUGGGAUUACCAGUUUCAGGUUAAGGAUCAGAUUGGCAGUUUCUUCUACUUCCCAUCUCUCAACUUUCAGAGAGCAGCUGGUGGUUUUGGGUCAUUUAUUAUUACUAACAGACCAGUUAUCUCACUGCCUUUCGCAGCCCCAGAUGGGGAUAUCAUACUCCUCAUUGGUGACUGGUACACACAAAACCAUACGGCUCUGCGGCAGACCCUUGAUGCUGGAAAAGACCUUGGGAUGCCAGAUGGAGUUCUCAUCAAUGGGAAGGGACCUUACAGAUACAACACUACUCUUGUACCAGAUGGCAUAGCAUAUGAAACAGUUUCAGUUGAACCAGGAAAAACUUAUCGAGUUCGGGUUCACAAUGUUGGAAUCUCCACUAGUCUGAACUUCAGAAUUCAGAACCAUAAUAUGCUUCUAGUGGAAACAGAGGGACAUUACACAUCACAACAAAACUAUAGUAACUUAGAUAUUCAUGUUGGGCAGUCUUACACCUUUUUAGUUACCAUGGAUCAAAAUGCAAGUACCGAUUACUACAUUGUGGCCAGUGCCAGGUUUGUGAAUGAGUCACUUUGGCAAAGAGUUACUGGUGUCGCUGUCUUGCAGUACUCCAAUUCUAAAGGAGCUGCAACUGGUCCUCUCCCUCCUGGGCCAGAUGACUUGUAUGACAAGACGUUUUCAAUGAACCAAGCAAGAUCUAUCAGGCAAAAUGUAUCUGCAAGUGGAGCUCGUCCUAACCCUCAGGGGUCUUUUCACUAUGGUUCAAUCAAUGUGACUGAUACAUAUGUGUUAAGGAGCAUGCCACUAGUGACAAUUAACAACACACUUAGGGCUACAUUUAAUGGGAUCUCAUUUGUCAAUCCCGAGACACCAAUCAGGCUGGCUGACCAGCAUAAAGUUAAGGGAGCUUACAAGCUUGAUUACCCGAAAAAGCCUCUUACAGGAGCACCAAAACUUGAUAUAUCUGUUAUCAAUGGUACAUAUAAGGGGUUUAUAGAAGUUAUAUUGCAGAACAAUGAUACAAUAAUGCAGAGCUUCCACAUGGAUGGUUAUUCAUUUUUUGUGGUCGGGAUGGAUUAUGGUAACUGGACAGAAAGCAGUAGGGGUACAUACAAUAAGUGGGAUGCGAUUGCUCGCUGCACAGCACAGGUUUUCCCUGGGGCAUGGACAGCAGUGUUAAUCUCUCUUGACAAUGCUGGAGCAUGGAAUCUUAGAGUAGAAAACCUUGACAGAUGGUAUCUGGGCCAAGAAACAUACAUGAGAAUCGUCAAUCCUGAGGAAAAUGGUGAAACAGAGUUUUCUGCUCCCAGUAAUAUUUUGUAUUGUGGCGCUCUUAAGAAUUUGCAAGGAAGCCAGAAUUCAAGUAAUGCUCCAAUGUUGAUCACCGGGUGGAAACUGAAGCUGUUUUUCACACUACUGCUGACACUAUCUGCUGCCAUUUCCAUAUCCUGCUAAUCCGCAGCAACCUUUCAAUGUGUAGGCACCAUGGCUAUCCUAGUAUUGGUUGUUGGAGUUGGGCUUGCUUUGGUUACAGUUUUAGUUUAGGUCAAAACAAGAGUCCUGACUGCAAAUUUUCGUGGUGUUAUAGACAUGUUUUCAUUGUCAUGUGAUUCACCCCAUUCCUUGUAAUACAGGCAAUUGGGAAUCCAUCAUUCUUUGGGUACCUUAGAGUUACACAGAUGAUAAUAUCAUUUGCAAUAUGAAUUAAUUUGAUACCCAUGUUUCAAUGUAUUUUCUUUGAUGAUUCA